UCGAAAUCCGGGUACUUAGUCCGUGUUUGCAAGAUGGCGGCUCUGUGUGUUACCGCAGACAGCUGCAGAAAUUGGGAGAAACGCGGCAAGCACGAUUUCAUCGAUUUGUGUCGCCGUUUUCUUCACCACGAACCUGAUGGGAUAUUCAGUGCAGAUACUAAAGAUUUAAAACGUGCCUUAUUUGAACUGGCAUGGCAUGAGGUGGAAGGUAAUUUGAAGCAGGAGCAAGCUGUUGCAGUAUUGACAGAAGUCUCAGGUCUAAGGUCUGAUGUCUCAUCGGUGAUUGCUGACGUCUUAAAUGUUAUUGACAUCAAGACAUCAGCUAUUGAUGAUAAACCAGAGAGAGCUCAAAGAGAAAAAUUCCUAUCUCUUCUAACAAGUUGUAUG